AGUGUGAGAGAGGAAAGGCACGUGCAACUGGGACUACAACCGGACGACGAGGCAAUCACGGGACGCUACAACCCGUUGAACUGUCGAACUCGACGAGAAAUCCAUACAUCCACGAGUACACGUUAAACGUCGACAAGUCAAAGGCUCGACUUAACGCUGUACGAUCCAAAUCACAACCAGACGUCGACAAGUCAAGGCGACGAAACGCUGUCGAGAGAGGCCAUCUUGCGAAGCUACGGCUGGAAACGAGAAGCGACCGGUACAACGAGGCCGUGUGCCUGCAACCAUACCACGACGAUCGGCUGGCGAGAGGCGGGGGAGGCCGUGUGCCUGCGACCACACCACGACGAUCGGCUAACGAAAGGCGAGAUCCUGCACACCUGAAGCGGCAAGGAAUCACAUAUCAACGAGCUACGAGACACACAGCAGCCAUAUUGGACAACGCAGACGGCGGGAAGUCACAGCAGUCAUUGUUGGAGAAGGACGAAGCGCCGUAUAACAGCCAUAUUGGACAAAGCGAAAGCGGCCAUCUGUACGUUAGGCUUAAGGCAGUAAACGCACCGGAAUAUAGACAGAGACGAGGCACUCUGAAGGCUCAACUCACGCGAUUCACUACCUAUCUUGACAGAUUCACUGAAAAUAGAGAUGAGCAACAAUUGAUCGAACGCGCGACUGACAUGAAAUUCGUAAGACAGGAAUUUAAUACAAUACAAGAUGCGAUAGAUUUAUUAAACGAAGAACGAGCAUGUGCUAAACUGGGCAUAAACAAGAAGAGGAUUGAGAAUCCGAUAGCGGUAUCGGGAUUCAACGUCAACAUCACGCAACUCAAGGAGGCUGUAAAUGCUACAAUCAGUUCGAUAGACAGAAGAUUCACAACAAGACUAAACUUCCUGAUAGUCUCGGUAAUAACCGACGAUCUUCCAUCCAGAUUCAUCAAACAUCAAACACUGAAGCUGCCUGAACACAUUGAACUGGCCGAUCCAGAAUUUUAUAAACCAUCCAAGAUAGACGCUCUCAUUGGAGCAGAGCUGUUCUACGAAUUACUGUGCGUCGGUCAGAUACGGCUCAAUAGCAACAAGGGGAUCCUACUGCAAAAAACUCGGCUGGGAUGGUUGAUAACCGGAAAAAUUGAGUGCUCAGGAGUAACCACCAAGCAAUCGUUAUGCCACAUUGCACGAGACCUUGAGCAACAAGUCGAAAGAUUCUGGGAGAUGGAGCAAGUCUCUGGAAAAACUCACAUGUCAAGCGAGGAAAGGGAGUGCGAACUCCAUUUUAUUCAAAACACUACAAGAGACGACAGCGGUCGAUACAUUGUUAGGCUUCCAUUCAAUGAUAAAUUGAGUGAGCUGGGAAAUAACAAGCAAAACGCAAUGAGAAGAUUAGUCUCACUGGAAAGACGACUAAUGCAAAACGAGGACAUGAAUACAGGAUAUGGGAACUUCCUUGAUGAAUACAACACUCUCGGGCAUAUGCAAGAGACGUCAGAGCUACUUGCCGACACUGACGGCUACUUCAUACCACACCAUGCAGUUUUCAAGGAGACAAGCCAGACAACAAAACUCAGAGUAGUAUUCGAUGCCUCUGCAAAGAGCGAUACUGGAGUAUCCCUUAAUGACACCCUGAAGGUGGGUCCAACGGUACAACAGGACUUGUUUUCAAUCAUUACUCGAUUCCGGACUUAUACAUUUGCCAUGACGGCAGAUCUGGAGAAAAUGUACCGACAGGUGCGAGUACAUCCUGCGGAUUGUAACCAUCAAAGGAUUUUGUGGCGAGUUAACAGCACGUCUCCCAUAAAGAUAUUUGAACUCAGGACGUUAACAUAUGGCACAGCAGCAGCAGCCUUCCUAGCUACAAGAUGCCUAAAACAGCUGGCAUUAGAUGAAGGCGAGAAGUUUCCUCUUGCCAAACGAGCCUUAUUACAAGACUUCUACGUAGACGAUGUCCUUACGGGUGCUUUUGAUCUAAACCAGGCAUUGGCAUUGCGUGACCAGCUCAUUCAAAUAACACGACAAGGAGGAUUCAACCCUAGGCAAUGGCGCUCAAAUGCGGCUGAACUACUAGAAGGACUUACGGAUAAUGAGCAGGGUACUUACAAUUGUUUGAGCAACGUUGGCGCCCUCAAAACACUGGGUGUCUAUUGGAAUCCCAUAGGCGAUUUAUUAUUAUUUCGUAUCACCACAGAUCCCAAGGGCAAGGAAAACACUAAAAGAAGAAUUCUAUCCAGAAUAGCAACACUGUUUGAUCCACUGGGGCUUCUAGGACCUGUAAUUGUAAAGGCGAAGAUCAUUUUGCAAUCCCUGUGGAAAUAUAAAUUGGGCUGGGACGAGGCUGUUCCGCAAGAGAUUGCCACUAGUUGGAAUAAGUACAACUCAAAUUUGGGCCUACUAAAUGACUACAGCAUACCUCGUAGGAUACUUGGGAGUGUUUCAGGAGAAAUACAAUUGCACUGUUUCUGCCAUGCAAGCGAGAGUGCCUUUGGAGCAUGUAUGUACCUCAGAACAAGCAAGGAAUCGGAAACCAUGGUCAGAUUAAUAUGUUCCAAGACUCGAGUUGCUCCCAUGAAGCAGACAUCACUUCCUAGAUUGGAACUGUGCGCUGCACAACUACUCGCCAAAUUAUACGACGUGAAUAUAAACGCGAUGAACAUCCAAUUUUCACGAGUUUAUUUUUGGUCAGAUUCUACCAUAACGCUCAACUGGAUCAAGACCUCCCCGCAUAGGCUGAAGACGUUCGUGGCGAACCGAGUCUCGGAAAUUCAAGGGAUCACUCAAGGUCACGAGUGGCGUCAUGUGCCAUCAGCUGACAAUCCCGCGGACGCUCUCUCACGCGGUCAAUUUCCAAACGAAUUCAUCGAAAAUCGGAUUUGGAGAGAAGGUCCGGACUGGCUGCAGAAGAAUGAAGAGGAAUGGCCUGAAAACAUCAUCCCUGGUAUAGACGUUCCUGAACAGAAAACUCGCGUUUUUCUACUCUCAUGGACCAAUGCACUGGAGCAGAAUAUCAUCGGUAUUAUUAAUAAUUUUUCAUCACUUGGCAAAAUUUCUCGCAUAAUGGCAUAUGCGUUGCGCUAUGUUGCGUAUUUAAGGAAUAAGAAGUUAAUUAAGGGCGAUAUAAACUCCGAUGAAAUGCGAGCAGCGCUACACUACGUUAUCAGAAUAGUUCAAUCCGUCUCUUUUCCCACUGAGAUCAGUUGUUUGAAAACCAAUCGUCCAAUAGAUCGUAAGAGCAAAUUACUACCCCUAUCUCCAUUUUUAGAUGACACUUUGCUGAGGGUGGGUGGUAGACUAAAACAUUCCGAGUUAGAGUAUGACAAUAAAUAUCCGAUUUUAUUGCCUUGUAACAAUCAUCUAUCUAAAUUACUCAUUGUGGAGACUCACGCCAAACUUGCACAUGCAGGAGCGCAAACGACUUUAUAUGCAUUGAGACAAGAAUAUUGGAUUUUAAAUGGUAAAAUGUAUGUAAAGAAGCUCUUACGAAAAUGCGUUCCCUGUUUUCGAGUUAAACCCAAGAUACCUAAUCACUUAAUGGGCAAUUUACCAAGGGACAGACUUCAAUGCUCUCGUCCAUUUGAAAAUAUAGGCGUGGACUUUUGUGGUCCAUUCUUUGUAAAGGAAAGAAAGUUUCGAAAUAGAAAUAAGAUUAAGAUUUACGUCUCAGUAUUUAUAUGUCUAGUCACAAAGGCGAUCCAUUUAGAGGUCGUCAGCGAUCUCACCACCGAAGCUUUCUUGGCGGCAUUAAAGCGAUUUUUCUCGCGUAGAGGUAAGGCUAAAAUAAUAUAUUCUGACAAUGCGACAAAUUUCGUAGGGGCUAACAAUAAACUGACCGAGUUGCACCAAUGCGUAGAGCGAAAUUUGUCUCAGCUUCAGUCACAGCUCACCAAUGAAGGAAUAACGUGGAAGUUUAUCCCGCCUAAAUCACCUCACUUUGGCGGUAUUUGGGAAUCAGCUGUCAAAAGCUUUAAGCAUCAUUUACACCGAGUAGUUGGUGAGUCAUUGUUCACCUUUGAAGAGUUCAAUACCUUCAUCAUCGAGGUGGAGGCAAUCUUGAAUUCCAGACCGUUAACUGCAAUGUCAAUAGAUCCUAACGAUUUAAUAGCAUUAAGUCCAGCGCAUUUCUUAAUAGGCACUUCACUUACUACUGUUCCAGAGCAUGAUUUCGUUGAUGUACCGAUCAAUCGCCUGUCUAAUUGGGAGCAUAUUCAACGCGUUAAACAACAUUUUUGGGAAAGAUGGUCGAAAGAAUAUCUCAAUGAACUACAACAAAAAUAUAAAUGGUUCAUCAAAGAUGAAACUAAUGUCAAAAUUGGAUCACUAGUAAUGUUAAAGGAAGAUAAUAUGCCUCCAAUGAGAUGGAUAAUUGGCCGUAUCGUUGCAUUACAUCCAGGUGAUGACAAUAUUGUGCGUGUUGUUACUGUAAAAACCAAUAGCGGACUGUACAAACGUAGUAUAAGAAAAUUAGCAUUGUUACCCAUAGAUUGA